UGAAAUUCGAUCGGAGUGUUACAGACAUUUUGGAGUGAGAAUGAGUUUUUCGGUCGGAGAUGGCCUAAUGGCACUGGAAUGGCCUUCAUCUUUAGGAAACCAGAUCCCUACUCCGGUCUCCGCCAGUUAGCUGCCGCCGCCGCCCAUGUCCAUGGCAUCCCCACCCCGUUCUCUCCAGAUCCACUCCGAUGCCUCAGACAAAGUCCGCCAUUCGCCGCUUGCGGCAAGGCGGGAGGAACCUUCCCUCCUCGUUGUCCUCCUUUGCCCUUGCCUCGCGCUCUUGUCUCUCAUCCUCGUUGCCGCCUCCAUCAUCCUCACUGUCAAGCUCCGACUUUACUGCUACAUCCGUAUCUCGCAUCUCAUAUCCCGCCACCGUUGCCUCUCCUCCUAAAACCUAUUCGGUCUUUCUCCUCCUCAUCUGAAUCCGAUUCAGAUUCGGACGAGUCGAUCUCGUUGCCGCCGCUGCUUCCGCCAAACUCCAAUGAUUUGGAUAGGAUUUGCAAGUUGAUUGACGAGCUUUUCUCCUCCGAUCGCAACAUGGAGGCGGUACUCGACGAGCUCGAUGUCCAUAUCGAUACCUCCUUCGUUGUCGCUGUUCUGGACCGCUUCCGCCAUGCCCAUCGUCCGGCUUAUCGCUUCUUCCGGUGGGCUGCAGCCAGGCCGGGCUUCUUGCACGACUCAACUACGUGCAACAAGAUGCUCGGCAUCCUCGGCAAGACUCGGCAGUUCGAGACCAUGGUAGUCCUCCUCCAAGAGAUGGGGAAGGAAGGCCUUCUCUCCAUGGACGCCUUCAAGAUCUCCGUUAAGGCCUUUGCUGCAGCCCGCGAGAUGAAGAAGUGUAUAGGCAUCUUCAAAUUGAUAAAGAAGUAUGAUUUCCAUGUCGGAUUGGAUACUUUCAACUGCUUGAUUGAUGCUCUUUCAAAAGCCAAGCUCGGGAAAGAAGCACAUCAACUGUUACAAAAAAUGAAGGAUCAGUAUCACCCUGAUCUUCGCACUUAUACUGCGCUUCUUUAUGGUUUCUGUAAGAUUAAAAACUUGGUCGAAGCUGGGAGGGUAUGGAAUGAGAUACUUGAUAGCGGAUUCAAGCCUGACAUUGUCGCCCACAAUACAAUGCUUGAAGGCUUGAUUCGAGGGAACCGGAGGUCCGAGGGGAUCAAGCUGUUCGAGCUCAUGAAGGCAAAAGGCCCUAGGCCAAAUACCCGAACUUAUACUAUUUUAAUUCAGCAUCUCUGUAAGGCUGGAAAAAUGGAACAAGCUGUUAGUUGCUUUGAUGAAAUGCUGGCUGCCUGUUGCUCACCAGAUGUUGCGACCUACACAUGCUUAAUAGUUGGGUUUGGAAAUGCUCGGCAGAUGGAUAAAGUUUCAAGCUUGCUUGCAGAGAUGAGUCAGAAGGGAUGCCCGCCAGAUGCUCGAACUUAUAAUGCUCUGAUAAAGCUGAUGACCAAUCGGAACAUGCCAGAUGAUGCUGUAAGAAUAUACAAGAAGAUGAUAAAAAAUGGGUUUGAGCCUACACUUCACACUUACAAUAUGUUGAUGAAGUCUUACUUCCAUGGGAAUAAUUACAAGAUGGGUUCUGCAGUUUGGGAGGAAAUGUUGGGCAAGGGGAUUUGUCCUGAUGUCAAUUCUUUUACAGUAUUUAUUGGCGGACAUAUACGCCAUGGAAGGCCUGAAGAGGCAUAUAAGUACAUAGAGGAGAUGAUUAACAAGGGGAUGAGUGUACCCCAGGUGGACUAUAAUAAGUUGGCCGCCGAUUUCUCUAGGUCUGGGAGACCUGAUGUGCUAAGCGAGCUUGCGCAAAAGAUGAGUUUCACAGGGAAGUUCGAUGCAUCAAACAUAUUAAACCAUUGGUCUGAGAGAAUGAAGAAGAGAGUUAAAAGGAGAGGACCUAAUCAAUCUGGGCGGAGGCUUUUCUGAGUUAUUUUGCAGUCAUUCCUUAAGAUAUUUGAAUGCCUCAUUGCCCCUGCUGACAUUCUGUAUUUAUUGUAAUGUAGUUUCAAAGCUGUCGAAAUCCAGCCGUUCCCAGUGCAAAGGAUCCGACGGACACAAAGAUCAAUCCGUGGGAUACUCUCAUGGAUCACGCCAUAAUUAGGGGACGAAUUUAGGAAAGAUUUUUUAUGUAUUAUUUAUGUAUUAAUUCUGCAAUUCAUUAUCUCCUCAUUAGGAUAUCUUGUAUAGAUCUAUAAAUAGGGAAUAUUGUAAUGAAUAAUUUCAAGCUUUUCCCUCUCAAAUUCUCAGUUUUAACAGGAACUAGACUUACCUCUAUCAUAUGAUGGCUUCUUCUCAUCUUGCCACUUC